CUCGCUGGAUUUGCGAGUUCACCAAAAUGGCAGCGCAACAACAACCUGGUGGCCCGAUUCCUCAAAGUGGAAUGCAGCAAGCUGCUACACUUCAACAACAAUUGAGUCAACAGCAAGAUUUUGACCCUGUUCAUCGAUUCAAAAUGCUUAUUCCACAAUUAAAAGAGAGUCUCCAGAAUGUCAUGAAGAUUGCCUCUUUAAAUUUGGGACAUAAUACAUCAAUUGACAAUGGCAUAAAGAGCAGCGAUGCUAGUGUACAGCGGUUUGACAAGAGCCUGGAAGAGUUUUAUGCCCUAUGUGAUCAACUGGAGCUCUGCUUGCGGCUUGCCUAUGAGUGCCUGUCUCAGAGCAUUGACAGUGCCAAGCACUCUCCCAACCUGGUUCCCACAGCCACCAAGCCAGACACUGUACAGACAGAGUCUCUGUCCUACUCCCAGUAUCUUAGUAUGAUCAAGUCACAGAUCUCCUGCGCCAAAGAUAUUCACAAUGCCCUAUUGGAGUGCUCCAAGAAAAUCGCAGGAAAGGGCCAGCCACAAGGAAUAUUGUAGAAAUACACUUAUUUUUGUACUUUUUUCUGAACUUUAGUUUUUCUGUGUUUUUUUUAAGGACUGUUGAACUGUAAAUAUUAUUCAAUUGUUUUGUUAGUAGAGGACAUGACCUAAUAUGUCCACCAGAGGUUGACAGAGUCAAUGAAGUACAAAUGCUGUUUAACCUUGGUGACUUUUAAAGCAAACAGCAAAAUCUGUGUGGCAAUUUGUCAUGUGUUUAUAAUAAAUGUUGUUUUUUUUUAAAUACA